AUGAGCAACGGGCGUGCGCCAACUGUUUGGACCCGUAACAAAGCUAUACUGAGUGUGCUUGCUGUUAUAGCAGGAAGCUGGCUCGCAUUUCGCGCCCAGUCGCCAAACAAAAAUGAUAUUUUGAUAUCCGAGCGAGACAAGAGGACGAUGGUUGGGGGCGAGACUGGGGAGGACAAAAUUGCACGGGCGCCAUUGACCGAGAAAGGCUCCAAGCCCUGA